AUGUCGGAGCAUGCUAUCGACGUACCUUUGACGGCCCUUCAGGAUCCUUCGGGGCGGCUGCGCAAAUUCAAAGGUGCCCACAAGCACCUACAGGACAACGAAGUGCAGUUCCUUCGCCCGUACACCAACCCUUCUACAGGAGAGAGGUUUAUGGCACCCAUGGGUCCUGGCAUGAUAUGGCCUGGGGAUAUCGUGGAGGUUCUGAUGUCAUUCUGCGCUAUGCCAUACAACAAGGGGUUUCGCUUCCGACCAGUUCUCCGCACCAUAACCAUUGUUGAUAGCCGCCUCAGAUUGGCGUCUCGUUGUGCCGCUCUGAUCCGUACAAUCCCAGGAAGUGGGGUCCAGCUCCAGUCAAAACGCGACCGAGAUGACGGAGAUGAUGGUCAACCUGAACGUGCAGUCAAGAUUCUGGUCUCCAGCCUAUCGUCUAUGUCGGUGGACAAGGACUGA